AUGACAUAUAUUAUCAGUGAAGCACAAUUAAGUUUUAUUCCAGGAAGGAAACUUGCAGAUAACAUCAUCCUAGCAAAUGAGCUUGUUAAAGCUUAUUCUAGGAAACAUAUCUCUCCAAGGUGUAUGAUCAAAAUAGACAUGCAAAAAGCUUAUGAUUCUGUGGAAUGGGCAUUCUUGGAGCAAAUGCUAGAAAAUCUCUGCUUUCCUAGGAAAUUCAUUGACUGGAUACUUGAGUGUUUGCAUACUGUAAACUAUACAAUUUUGAUAAAUGGAGAACCCACUCCUCCUUUUAAUGCUGCAAGAGGACUUAGACAGGGGGACCCCAUCUCCCCUUAUCUAUUUGCUAUAUCUAUGGAGUACUUGAGUAGAUGCCUAGAUGAAGUCAAAGACAAUGGAAGAUUCAAGUUUCAUCCUAAAUGUGCAAAAUUGAGAAUAAAGCAUCUAUGUUUUGCAGAUGACUUACUCUUGUUCUGCAGAGGGGAUCAGCACUCAAUAGGGACCAUAUAUCAAUGUUUCCACAAGUUCUCCCUAGCUUCUGGACUGCAAGCAAAUAUGAAUAAGAGUUCCAUUUAUUUUGGUGGAGUCACUGAUCAGAUGAAAGAGACCAUACUGCAUCAGUUCCAGUUUAACUAUGGAGAGUUCCCUUUCAAGAGCUUCAUAUGGUCAGGUACCAACACCAUCACCAAGAGAGCACUGAUAGCAUGGGAGAAGAUGUGCUUACCUAAAUCUGCUGGAGGAAUGAGGCUCAUCCACAUACACCUAUGGAACCAAGCUGCUAUUGCUAAGACCUGCUGGGAUCUUGCUCAUAAAACUGAUAAACUAUGGAUUAGAUGGAUCCAUUCUUAUUAUAUAAAAUCCCAUACUGUCUUUAAUGUUCCUAUACCUCAACAGACUUCAUGGAUGGUUAAGAAGAUACUUGUAUCUAGAGUGAUACUAGAACAGAUACACACUCAAAGAGACUCACCAACUACUGCAAACUUUUAUGUGCAUUUGCUGGGUAAUAGACCAACAGCCCCCUGGAAAAAUAUGAUGUUUAACAAUAGUUCAAGACCAAAGGCUAUUGUUACAAUGUGGAUCAUGCUGCAGAAUAAACUCCCAACUACAGACAGAUUAACCUCCUGGGGAAUGGAUGUCAACCAACAAUGCAAACUCUGUCAACAAGAUCUGGAAAAUAGAGAGCAUCUGUUUACUCAAUGUGAAUUUACUAGAGCUAUUUGGAAGAAAUUGCUUAAUUGGAUUAAAUGGCCACUCUUUCACGCUGAUACAUGGGAUAUGCAUUUGGAAUGGACUCUGAAACAAUCUAAAGGCAAGUAUCACAAUGCACAGCUCUUCAAAUUAAUAUAUGCUGAGUGCUCUUAUGCAAUAUGGAUGGAAAGAAACCAGAGAACUUUUAAAGAAAAAAGAAGAAACUAUGAAGAGAUAACUAAGGAAAUAGCAUAUAUGUGCACUUUGAGAGCUCCUUUGGCGAUUAGUACUCGACUACAACAAUCUCUCCUCUUCUGA